UUGUACGUCACGUCAUUUUCUUGACAUUUAAUCGUUCAUGCGAAUUCGACAGUUUCACCCUUGUAACUUUAAGAUCGUAAUUGCAAUAAAUAAAAAGGAAGUCUGUUAUCGAUACCCAACAUACUACGAGACUCGUUUUAUUUUUAAUUCAAUUUUUAAAUUUGUAUAUAAAUAUUUUGCUCCAUUGGGCGCGACUCUUUUCUUCAAAAUUUGCAUGGUUCUGACUUCAAUUCUAUUGGUACGUUACGGAUGUACCAGCUGUUUUUAUUUGAAUCUACAUAGUACAAAUAUGGAGGAUUUGCAUUAUAAUUAUUCAGGGGACAAUUCGACUCAGAUAAAUAAAUUUUCAAGUCUCUGUACAUUAUGUAAAUGUAGCUUGGAUUCCAUUGGAAGUGCCAGGACAUUGCAAUUCACUUAUGAGGAGGAAUUAUCUUCGAAUGAUAUGGACAAAUCUUAUCAGAUUGAAAACGUCACACCACUUGUGCAAUUGAAGAGCGAAGAGGAUAAGAGUUCACUAGCUUUAUCGUUCAAUUCUUCAUUGGAUAUUAAAACUAUAGAAGAUAGUUUUCCAGAGAAGGACCAUAGAAUGGUGUCCGUCCAUAAGAGUUCACAGGAUAUGGAGAUUCGUGUAGAUGACGUUCAAGGAGAGUCAAAAAAAGGACUGCUGAACGUUGCUCAAAAUUUUCUCGAAUCAAAUUUUUUAGAUCGUAAUUCGAAGGAAAACGACAAAGAAUGGUGUAGCAUUCAGAAUCCUCAAAUUGUUCAGAAUGUGGUAACAGGAAUUUUUGAUGAAAAUAAAAAUGCUAGGAUGAAGGAGGAAGAUCAUUUAAAGAUGGGCGAAGAAAGUAAUGCACCAGAAAUGGGUACUGCAGGCUUUAGGAACAAUGAAUUUGAACAUGCAUUUGAGUCACAGUUUCCAAGAGAGGAGGAACUGGAUCGUAUUGAAUGUGAAGCUCUUAACAUCAAGAAACCAGCAUGGCUAGAAAAUCCUGCCGUACCUCCUGAUUGUAAGACAUUGAGAAGGAGGAUUUUACAGCGUCGUGAAGUAAUUUUUGCUAUGGCGCAGGAACUGUUGAAUCUUAGCUGCCAUGUUGAAAAUAUCAGACAAACUAUGCUGAGUAAUGACUUAAAUGUGGCAUCCACAGCAAGUGCACCUUGCCAUAGCAGAGCAACAAUUACCAGAAAACGACCAAAAGAAAUACCGUUUUAUAAUUCAAAUAUGCAGAAUUCAGUUUUUAUUCAUAAAAAGAUAAAGCCGGAUAAAGAAGAUUUUUUCAAGCCUUAA